ACUCUGUGGACGAAGAGGCAGAAGUCCAUUUGAACAUCCGACUGCGUGUCACACAGGUCGAUCAUCCUGUAGCUCCGGAAGAAGAAGAAGAAGAAGAAGAAGAAGAAGAAGAAGAAGAAGAAGCUGUGAGGCAGCACACAGUAUUAUUGGGUCUAAGACAAGAGAUCAAUACCAAAGCCCUGCUUGAGACCACAGGAAGGAGAAGUGCCUUUUUGUCCAGUUACUAACUUUUCACGGGGGUGACUGAACAGAGCCCUGACCAUGAGGAGUGUGCGAGUGUGUUUCUGCUUGGCUCUGCUGCUGCCGUGGACCGUCCAGAGCCAGAGGAGCGGUCCCGACGAGGACACGUGGAGGGACGAGCUGGCCGUCAACAUCCUGAACCGCAGCGGCUUGUUGAACUCACUGCUCCGGCAAGAACGAGCCCCACGGGGCCCGGCCUCCCAGGUGCCAAAGAGAGCCCAGCAGGGGUCCCGCUUCGCCCUGUCCCUCGAUGUUCCCACCAGCAUCCUCAGUGUCCUCAUAGACCUCGCUAAGAACCAGGACAUGAGAACCAAGGCUGCGGCCAAUGCAGAACUGAUGGCACGAAUAGGCAAGAGGAAAUAAGAAGCACAGUGGGGGGCCUGGGAGCUGUCAGGGGCCCGAUGGACAACAUCUCACCUCACAGGGGAGUUAACUCCUUACACCUGGUUAGAAACAGCGUUAGUUCAGGUGAAAUUGCGUCAUUACGGUCAGUAUCUGUCCUUUAGAGCUUAGAUUUGCUUUACUUUUGUACUUGCAUUAAAUGAUUAUAUGACCUCAUUUUACACCCAAAAACACACUCUAUGGGUGGCACUGCAAACAAUGUCAAACAAAGUAAGAUGAAGCUGGUCUUUUGUCUCCAAGAUUUGUCUCAAAAAUCCCAAAUGUGUGUCUUGUGUCUGCAUGUGUAAUCUUGGAUUCAAAGAAAAAAAGUUGUUCAAUUAAAUCCAGUAUGAUAAUCAUA